ACCACACCAUCAACAUCACUAUCACCAUUGCCAUCACUACCACCAGCAAGCGGCAGCAGUAGUCGUCGCGUGUCCCGCUUUACCACCUCCUCUUCUAUUUAGCGACCGCUCCGCCGAUGCCGCAGUACCGACUACUUGUCGCGGAAGGUGGAAACCUGUGUAACGCAGCUAUACAUAUAUAGAUUUUCAAUUAGUCAAGUGGGCUGACCAGUAGAAAGAAAAUUAUGUGUUAUCUCGAAGAAAGAGGGAAUACCUAAAGGUACUUGUCUUUCAUCGGCGAUCCUCCAUGUUAUCCAAGUUCAAGAGAAGGAAAGGAUCGAUCCGCUACGAGAACAAGAACGCGGACGAGGAGGUGGACGAGGACGAGGAAAAACGCGCGCGUUAAUGUCCUCGAAAAAGAUAGGAGAACGCGAGAAAAGCAAAGCCCAUGUUGAAGCUAUGAAAAGAGUAAGGAUAUCGUGAGAGAUAGUUCUUUCCUAUUUCGUGGAAAAGUCCAUGAUCGGUUCAACGCCGCGCCGUCCUGGAGAAGGAGAAGCAUUCGCGAGAGGAUGCUGCGCUACGUGGACUCGUUUCGUACGACCCUACCCUUGAGACUCAUUCUUCUCUCCCUAUUACAUAUUUAUUCAGAAAAAUAGGGGAGGGUGUAAGAGAUAUUAAAGAGAAAGCAGGUGUGCGUAGAUAUAACGGCCCUUCGUAUGACGACACUACAAAUACCGCAACACGUCGUUUUCAACGAAACGAUUCGUAUGCAGUGCAACUUUAGCCUGGACAACGAGCUGCUGUAUUCGGUGAAAUGGUACAAAGAUGGUCAUGAGUUUUAUCGAUACGUUCCGAAGGACGAGCCGACGGUACAAAUUUUUCCCGUCGCCGGCGUAAACGUGAACACGCAUCAUUCCACGGAAAGAUCCGUCGUCUUGAAUAACGUGGAUCUCUCCAGUUCCGGGAGGUAUCGAUGCGAAGUGUCGGCCGAAGCGCCAGCUUUUCAGACCGUUUCCGAUCAUGCCGACAUGACGGUAGUCGUCCUACCGAACGAAGGUCCUCUAAUAUCGGGUGGUCGAUCGAGAUAUCAGGUCGGCGACGUCGUUCGUCUUAAUUGUACAUCUGCGCCCUCGAAGCCAGCUGCUCUAUUGACGUGGUUCAUUAAUGGCGAAUCCGCCGACGCGCAGUACUUGAAAGGUCCGCAUAUUACCGCUGUCGACGCGAGAGGAUUGGAAACGGCGGUUUUAGGUUUGGAAUUUCGAGUUGCCAGUAAACACUUUAAAAGAGGGGACAUGAAGCUGAAAUGCUUAGCAACGAUAGCCGCUGUUUAUCUUCAAAGUAACGAGGAAAGUGUUGAAGGGGACGAGCGAAUUUUGAAAGCUCCUGUAAUGGAGAGUCGCGAAACCAGAGCACAGAGUCAUAUUCGCAACGACUUGAUCAGUGGUAAUAAACGAUGUUCGGUCGAAGCUUCGCUGAAAUGGAAAAUGCUCCUCUUGAGUAUAGGAAUCGUUUUUAUGCGAUAAUAAAACAACGUCGUGUGAUCCGACGUCAGCGUCGACACGCAGUCCUCGCCGUCAACGCGCGAAGGAGUCGGAAAACAUUAUAUAGCAACGUAAACGACUGCGCCGAGAUACAUGUGUCAUUCCAUCGUAUCUAUCUUAUUCAAUCUUUAAUCCCCGCACAUACCCAUAUAUCUAUUGAUACCAUUACAUAUACAAGUACUUAAUAAUAACGUGAGUACUUAUCUCUCUCUCCGUGCGCGCUUCAUUGAUAAGUAAAAGUAAGUAUUGUACCUAUGUACUACGUACUACGUGGUAGGUAUUAGGUACGACGUACCUAUGUUUUAGGCUCUAAAUGUAUUUACAUGCACGCGUGAACAAUGAUAAAAAAAAAGAAGUGAUCGAGAAAGAAAAUCUACGAUAUAUUAUCUCGUUCGACAUAUCUAAAGUAAAAAUAAUCCGUCUUUUCGUACGGCUGUUAAACGAUUGUCCGAACUAAAUCGUCGAAACUGUAGGUACUUGUAAUAUUCUUUCUUUUCGUACCAAUUGUUUUUCUCCCAUGAAUCAUACUCCUUUGCGCUAAUGGUGCGAUGCAAAAAAAGAGAAAAAGCAAUACUUGAGCAACGGCAUAAGCAACAGCUAGCAUCGAGAACAUUCUUUCAUUUCUCUCGAGUAAGAAACACAUAGAAAUGCCAACGCAACAAGAUGAUACAGCAAAGAUAGAUCGAUUGAAAUUCGUCUUAAUGAUUCAUUUGACGAACGUAUUACGCGCAUACUUACUCUAUAAUACUACCUGUAUCGUACGAUCGGUUAACAUCUUUCAUAAUAUUUUCUAUACGUAUCACGAUAUACAUAUCAUUCAUUUCUCAUUCUGAUAAUUAAAACAAAGAAUUGUACUUACGUAAUGUGUAAUGUAAGUACAUAAUAUGUACGCGAGUAAGUAAUGAGAGAUAACGGAAAUAUGAUAUUUGUGUGAUGUUGUAUUGUUUGUUAAAAUAAAAUAGAAGCGAAAUUGUAGGUCGAUUCCGACGUUACGUCGAAUAUAAAAUGUUUUUGCAAUAUUAUCUUUCUAAGAUCUUGGAAAGUAAAAUUCUUGUUUAAGAGUCAUCGCGAUAUAGUCACGAUGAUCAUCGCGGCAUCGUUCGAAAAGAUAGUGGAAUCGAUGUACGAUAUUGCGUAUCGAACUAAUUCUGCUUCCUUCUCGUACGAAGCAGUUCGUUAAUGUCCCUAUAUAUGUCUUACUAUAUAAGUCUUUACGUGCUUGUAAAUAUGUAAAUACUUUUCAUCGUUAUUAAAAAUUAUUCAUUAUUAUAAUA